GGAGUCGAUUCAUUCGGUUCUGUUUCGAACGCGCGAGUCGACUCUGACCUAUGCGCUAAUAAAAAACAAAAAAACAAACAAAAACAAAACAAAUACAGCUUCAACAUCCUGUGCACGUGGUUGGUAUUAAUAGCGAUUUUACCUGGAAAUCUAAGUAUAUAUUAAUAAAUUCAUCAUUGCUGCUGUAAGAGGUGAACUUUGACACAGUUUCUCUCCAACGAAGGACGACGCUUGCGCGCGCGCCGGGACAAGAUGUCCAGGAAAGUGAUAGAACUUUUCUACGACGUGGUUUCGCCCUAUUCCUGGCUGGGAUUUGAGGUGCUGUGUCGCUACAGAAAUGUGUGGAACAUGGAGCUCAAAUUACGCCCCGCCUUUCUGGGCGGAGUCAUGCAAGAGUCAGGUAACAAACCGCCUGCAAUGGUGCCAAAUAAAGGCCUGUACAUGGUGCAGGAUUUGAACCGGCUGGCGUCUUUUAUGAACAUCCCCCUGCGUCACCCGUCUGACCCGUUCGAGGUCAUGUUUCAGAAAGGUUCUCUCUCCGCCAUGCGAUUCCUAACGGCCGUCGCGGAGAAGGAGAAAGACGGCGACCGCUGGGUGGAGAACGUUUCUAGGGAAGUUUGGAUGCGGAUCUGGAGCAGGGAUGAGGAUAUCUGUGAGCCAGCGUCUCUUUCUGAGGCAGGACUGAAGGCCGGUUUGUCCCCCAGCGAUGUGGAAGAGAUUCUUGCCAUGGCCAAAUCUCAGCCAAUUAAAGACAAGCUGAAGCAAACCACAAAGGAAGCGAUCAAAUAUGAUGCGUUCGGGUUUCCCCUGAUCGUUUGCCACGUCGACGGAAAACCCAAGGUGUUCUUCGGGUCGGACAGGUUCGAGCUGAUGGCGUACUGCAUCGGAGAAAUGUGGCUCGGCCCACAGCCGGACAAGCGCACGUCAAAUCUGUAACCGCUCCACGAUUUAUCGCCUUUCGAUAAACUUACUCCUACUGUGUUUGUGUGUGUGUGUGUGUGUGUGAGGUGGGAUGAGAGAAGAAUUAAAAAUAUGCUGAUACAAAGCCUCAA